AUGUCGCAAUCCGUGGCUCAGCCUCCCGCUACGGGACCAGGUGCUCUUGACGGCGGUGGAAUCCCAGUAGCCACUGGGGAGCAGAAGUCAGGUCAAAAGGUCGCUCCGAUCAAGAAACGCCAACGUGGUAGAAGGCGCCAGCACAAGAAUCAGGAUUCAGCAACAGUGGAAUUCGAGAGUUCAGUAGCAUCGAAUGCGCUACAAGCCCAUGAGGCAUUUGAUGACGGCGAUCCCCCUACAACGGCCGGGACUGCAGUAACCAAAGAAGACGAUGCUAUACGGCCGAAAGCACGAAAUGCGCGUCCUGCAAAACUAGAGCGUGCUAGGCGAAAUGGAGCGAAAGCAUCUCCGCCCGUAACAACUUCUUUGGCGUCAGCAGAAGUUGCAACAGUGAAGCCAGCCUUUGCUGCCCUUGCUGUGAUGGGACCCGACGUCGUGCUAGAUCAAGUCGACAUCAUCGCCAACCGCAACAGUCUUCGCAAGCUACUCGAUUUUUCGGCUGGGAGGAAACUGGACAUUUUCUGCAUGGGCUUACACAUGGUCGGCAAUACGCUCGUUAUUAGCCGUAAAGAACGGAACGCUCAACAAAUGAUCCAUGGUGCACCGAACGCGGGCUACGGACAUAACUUCGAGAAGACCUUCACGAUGCCUGAUCAUGGAAUGGGGAACUCUAGCAGUCAUCACAGGGUCAUUCGGUACCAUAUCGGCCCUUUGAACUGCGUUGUCCGUUUUGAAGUCGAUGCGUAUUACGAUGACCCGGGUGUCGUCCUGGACUCGAAGUCUAAACAGCCUAGGGAUGAGCCCGUUAGCACCGUGAGCGCUGCUAUGGCACAACUUAAUAUUGCAGGCCUGCCACCAACUCAAACUAAACCUCGAAAGACUCCCGCCGAUAAGCCUACCGUAGUCGUUGAAAAGGGAACAUUCAUCGACCCGUCCAAGCUCGCGGAGAUCAAAGCCAAGAAGGCCGCACGUCUUACAGAAGCACUACCGCAGCUUUGGUUCGGCCGUACGCCCUACUUUAUGAACGGCAACCAUGACAAGGGUACGGUGCACUCGGUGAGUAUCAGUCAUGCUGAAAAGGAGUACCCCCGAUGGGAGGAAGCCAAUCAAGACAGGCUGCGCAAGAUGGUGAGUUUGCUGGCAGAAAUAAAGGAGGUCGUCGCAGGUACGAAGGAGCGCGCAGCCGUGCUAGUCUACGAUGAGAAAGGCGGGCCAUUGAAGGUAUAUGCAAUGAAGAAGAACGGCGGUGUUCUGCCAGCGGACCUCAUCUCAAGACACUGGAGUACUGCAUAG